AAUUACUGCCUUCCAAGGAUCAAAAAUCUGAGAUCAGCUGUUUCCUCCUCAUCCAAUGUGAAGAAACAUUUUGAGAGGGCACACCCUGAGAAGCUGAGAGCAAUUGAAGAAGCAAUAAAGGCAAGGAGACGUGGCCUUCCUGAACCAGUGCAUGACACCCCUCCUCCCAAAAUGCUGAAGCAGCAGCAGACAACCCUUGAGAGGUGGGGAUCUGGCAGGGAGCCUGUCACCCAGAGCAAUCUCGACAGGAGAAUCAUUGAUUUCAUUGUAGAGGAGACAUUACCACUUCAGACUGUGGACAAACCAUCAUUCAUUAAUCUGGUUCGCAUUGGACUUCCCAAAGAUCUCACCAUCAUAUGUGCCAAGACUCUGAGAGACAGAAUUGAGAAGAGAGCAUGCCACAUGAGAGAAACUCUUGCAAACCGAAUGGGUGCUGUGGCAUAUAUAGCAACCACUGCAGAUUGUUGGACCAAUGGCAAGAAGAGUUACUUUGGGGUAACAGCCCACUGGAUCAACCCAACUACCCUGAAACGUGAGGACUUUUCUGGGAGGCUGCUGGUGUACCAGCCUGCCAACUGCCUAGCAACCUCCCUGACUGAGCUGGUGGAAUCUGUCUCAGGAAUAGUGUUGGAGAACCCUUGGUCUGUGGUCCUGGGGGACUUCAACAUCCACACUGGGGUUGACUCAACUGGACAAACUCAGGCCCUCAUGGCCUCCAUUCCAGACAUGGGGCUAUCUCAGCUGGCCAACACAUAG